AUGCUGAUACAGCAGAUGAUCCUGCCAAUAGAUAACGGUUACUACAUCGGUGAUGUCAGAGGCCAUCCUAGAUCGAAUGCAGCUAUCACCACUUGCGGCCAACAAAUUAAAGUUAAAGUGUUCGCUUCAGAUAGAGUUGGAAGCGAUGUAGUAAUGGCUUAUUGCUCGGAAGGCAAAUGUCGAACUCAUGACACUCAGUGUGCUUUGGUUUGGGGCAGUGGAAUCAAAAGUUCUCCAGAGUCCUCUUACACUGAAGGUAAUAUGAGGGGAACAAAACUGCAACAUAAUUUCACUGGAUACAUCACAUUUCUUGGUACAACACUAACAUGUAAUUACGCCUCUUUGAACUUUGGAACACAAAUUCCGAAUCCUGCCUAUGUUCAAAAUGGAUUGUCCAAUUUAUAUCAGAAUAAAUUUUACGUCUGCAACAAUAAAGGAACUGUCAAUGUUCAAAUGGUUCAACGUAUCCACGAUGUUCUGGUGACAUAA